AUGCAUACUCUUCCUCCCGCACGCCAAAAGUCCCAGAGACUCGUUAACAGACUCAAGGCUGAUCAGCCCAACCAGUACUUCAUGCAGUACCGCCAGAAGGCAACUACUGUCACCUCCCCCAACGAACUUUUACCUGGAUUAAACGAUAUUCUGGAUGCUUUUGAAGCCAUGCCCAUGGACUUGGUGAAGUACUUCACUCUCCUCAAGGAGAUCGAUGCCAAAUGCAUCAAUACCGUCCCCGUGAUCAACCGUAACAUUGCGUCGUACAUUGAGGAUUUGCACCAUCCAGACAACAAACCAUCCAAACUGGACAAAAUCGCCAGAUUGUCCAAAAUCAGGAAGCAUAUCCACGAGGUCAUCCCUUGCUUGGAGGAGAAGAUGCAUGUAACAUCUGUGGCUGCGGACGUGUUGUCCAAACACUUGUACCGUAUCAACAACGACUACAAGCUCAUCACAUCCAAUAACGAGAUUCCUGAGCUGAUCCGGAUAGGCACGUUGAACCACCGGGCCAUUGUGAUGGAUCCGUCGGCAACUACUGAUUCAAGCAAGCUGGCGCAGCUGCAGCGGUCUGAGAGCCGCCGGGAGGCGUUGGCUGCAAGGAAAUCCAACAAGGACACCGACGAUGAGGAUGCUGGCAAGAAGAGAAAACCAAGGGAGACCACUCCACUUGAGGGGAUGCCAGGCGGACUUGGUAACCGCAAGAGACGGCGUGAUGAUGAACGGGCACUGGUUCCGCCUCCAGGUGAUAAGAAACGUCUGGCUACAAAACCCAAGAAAGAACGUGAGGACGAGCCUGGUCUGGUGCGUGUGGACAGACCUUCGGGUCUGGGUGAACCUACCUACUGUUACUGUAACCAGGUUUCGUUUGGUGAGAUGGUUGGAUGUGAUGGAGAUUCUUGUAAGAGAGAAUGGUUCCAUUUGCCAUGUAUUGGGUUCAAGAACCCACCCAAGGGUAAGUGGUAUUGUGACGACUGUUUGGUGAAGAUGAAAAAGGCAAAGAGGGUUUAA